AUGGGCGCGUUGAAUUUUCUCUACAACGAUCAGCUGUACCAGCAGAAAGCUCAGCCGGACAUGACGCCGACACCGAACUCCCAGUACGACUUCAUCGUGGUCGGGGCUGGGACAGCCGGUGCUACGAUAGCCUCCAGGCUCAGCGAGAUCAGUGAUGCUACAAUUCUUUUGAUCGAGGCAGGUCCCGAGGAGACCUUGCUAAUGGACAUUCCCAUUCUGGCGUCGUUCCUGCAGGACGUGGACGAGAUCAAUUGGAAAUACGAGACAGAACCGUCCGAUCGAUACUGCAUGGGGAUGAGGGGCCAUAAAUGCAAGUGGCCCAGAGGCAAGGUGAUGGGCGGCAGUAGCGUUUUGAAUUACAUGAUCGCCACCAGAGGUAGCCCGAAAGACUACGACAAUUGGGCUAAAAUGGGCAACACUGGCUGGGCUUACAAGGACGUGUUGCAGUAUUUCAAAAAGCUCGAGAAUAUACUGAUACCCGAGCUAAGAAAAGACAAAAAGCAUCACGGCACGAAGGGUCCAGUUACCAUAGACUACGCACCUUACCAUACCCCUCUGCUAGCCGCAUUUCUAAAUGCUGGCCAGGAAUUAGGUUAUCCACUGGUGGAUUAUAACAGUGAGAAGUUGAUCGGGUUCUCGCAGAUACAGUCGAACACAUGUGAAGGAUACCGAAUGAGCAGCAAUAAAGCGUACCUUAUGGGAAAAGGACGGAGGAACCUUCACGUGACGAAGAUGAGUAUGGUGCAGAAGAUACUGAUAAACAAACGAAGCAAACGAGCGAUCGGUGUACAGUUCAUGAAGAACAAUCGUCUCAUAUCGGUUUACUCUAGGAAAGAAGUGAUACUGUGCGCGGGAGCUAUAGGAUCCCCUCAACUGCUCAUGCUGUCCGGGGUCGGUCCUGGCGAACACUUGAGGAAACUCGGAAUAAAUGUGAUCAAGGACUCGCGGGUUGGUGACAAUGUCAUGGAUCACAUAGUAUACGGUGGAUUAACGUUCACGAUUAACCAGCCGGUCAGUGUUCUAAUGUACAAUGUUGGACCUAUCGAAACCCUACACAAAACCGGUCCGUUCACGAUCAGUGGCGGUUGCGAGGGUAUCGCUUUCGUGGACGUGGACGAUCCGAAAAAUCGCCACGGGAUUCCAAAUAUAGAGCUGAUCUCUCUAGUUAGUUCAAUUUACACGUACAAGGCGACGAUGGACAAUUUCGGGUUCGACAAAGAGAUUAUGGACAAAUUUUCGUCGUUCCAAAGCACCUACUCGUGGGGAAUAUUCCCGAUGUUGCUGCGCCCGAAAAGUCGCGGUCAGAUACGAUUGAGGUCUAGUGACGUGAACGUUAAACCGCGAAUCGUCGCGAAUUACCUGAACGAUCCGGAAGACAUAAGAGUUCUGGUGAAGGGAAUCCGUGUAGCCCUGAAGGUUAGCAGAACGGAAUCUAUGAGGAGGCUCGGCGUGACGUUUUACAACAAAACAGUGUCCGCGUGUGAGAAAUAUCCCUUCGAUUCGGACGACUAUUGGCUGUGCAACUCCAGAAUGCAGACCCUAACUAUUUAUCAUUAUUGCGGCAGUUGUAAAAUGGGCCCAGCCACCGAUCCCACCGCUGUCGUCGAUCCGACUUUAAAGGUGAUCGGAAUUAAAGGAUUGAGAGUGGCUGACGCGUCGAUAAUACCGGAAAUACCAACGGGACACACGAAUAUUCCGGUGUUCAUGAUUGCGGAGAAAUUGUCGGACAUGGUUAAAAAAGAAUGGGGAUAUCUGACCACCUAAUUAUCAUGCCAAUUGUCAGAA